AUGGAUGAGAGCAUCAAGCAGCACUAUCUGGCAGAUUCGCCGCCUACGGUGGUCAGGUUGGAGGUCAAACAGCACUUUGACAAGCUCCAGGAUCCCAAGUUGAGGAAAUACGCCCAUUACAUUAGCAGGGCUGCUUUCGAAGGAAUCCGAAUUACCCUCCGUCAAGUCUCUCCCGAAUCCGAACCGAUCUACGACCUCAUACUUUCCCUUCACCGUGCCUGCAACGGGGACUGGGCCAGCCUCGCCAAGAAGACAAAUGUCAGCUCGGAACACCUUCGUUUCUUCUUGGAAUAUUCUGUUCAAUUUCUUGGUAACUGCGGUAACUACAAGGGCUUCGGUGAUUCCAAGUUCAUUCCACGACUGCCACCUUCUGCAUUGGAAGCCCUGGCCUCAGCUACCCCGGAAAGUAAGGCAGCAUUCGAGAAUGCUAGCAAGAGUGGGGGUGGGAUUUAUGAGACGCAACAAUCCCUUAUGCACCUCGGUUACCCUGGUGCCGGCCACAUGACUACCUACUACCCCGAGUCGCCCAACAUCAGCCAGGAUGAGAUUUCAGCCAUUGGUGACCUCAUGGAACAGAAAGGCUUGCCGUUGGAAAACACAAGACUCAAGAAGACCGCCUCGGGAGAUUUCGAGCUCUUGAUUGCAUCUGGCGUCUCGUCGCCCCCCUCGCGGGACCGGGACCUCGGAGAGAUCGAGACGUUUGAUCUCGAUGGAAAGCUGAAGGGGAGGAAGCUUAGUCUUGUCUUUGGAGAUCACAAGGAGGAAAUGGCCAAGAUCGCCCACUCCAUAAAGCAGGCGAGCUUACAUGCUGCAAACGACAACCAAAAGAAGAUGCUCGACGCUUAUGCUUUGUCGUUCGGUGCUGGCUCCAUCGAGGCAUUCAAGGAAUCUCAGCGAAUAUGGGUCAAGGACCAGAAGCCAGCACUGGAAACGAACAUCGGAUUUGUCGAGACCUAUAGAGAUCCCCACGGUGUCAGAGGUGAAUGGGAAGGAUUCAUCGCUCUAGUCAACCUGGAACGCACACGGGCUUUUGGACAGCUCGUAGAUAACGCUGAAGCAAUGAUUCCCAAGCUUCCUUGGGGCGAUGAAUUCGAAAAGGACACGUUCCUUAGCCCUGACUUCACAUCUCUUGAGGUCUUAAGCUUCCAGUCAUCCGGUAUCCCAGCUGGUAUUAACUUGCCUAACUACGACGACAUUCGCCAGAACCUGGGAUUCAAGAACGUUUCCCUUGGUAACGUUCUGAGUGCCAAGGCUCCGAAUGAGCCCGUUCCGUUCAUUUCCGAAAGGGAUUUGGAUGUGUACCGCAGAUGCCGGGACCCAGCCUUCGAGGUGCAGGUGGGUAUCCACGAGCUUCUCGGCCAUGGAACUGGCAAGCUGCUGCAGGAGACCGCUCCAGGCGAAUAUAACUUCGAUAUCUCGAACCCGCCUGUGAGCCCUGUCGACGGCAAGCCCAUCUCAACUUGGUACAAGCCAGGUCAGACAUGGAGCUCCGUGUUUGGUGCCAUUGCUUCUUCUUAUGAAGAAUGCCGCGCGGAGUGCGUUGCUAUGGCUCUUGGUUGUGACUUUGGUAUUCUCAAGAUCUUUGGUUUUGGCGAUGGCAAGGAAGAUCUUUCCAACGAGGCCGGCGAUGUGUUGUUCGCGGCCUAUCUACAGAUGGCACGUGCUGGUCUGGUUGCCUUGGAAUUCUGGGACCCCAAAACGCACAAGUGGGGACAGGCUCACAUGCAGGCUCGUUACAGUAUUCUGCGGACAUUCCUUGACGCAGGAGACGACUUUGUGAAGCUCGUGUACAACAAGGAAGACUUGUCAGAUCUCGAAAUCCACUUGGACCGGUCCAAGAUCCUAACCCAUGGCCGUCCUGCUGUGGAGAAGUACCUGCAGAAACUGCAUGUCUACAAAAGUACGGCCGACGUCGAAGCAGGUAAGAAGUUGUACGACGAUAUCACCUCCGUGAAUGAGUGGUGGGGAACCAAGGUUCGCGACGUUGUUCUUAAGAACAAGGUGCCCCGCAAGGUCUUUGUCCAGGGUAACACGGUUUUGAACGGCGAGGAAGUGACCCUAAAGGAGUAUGAACCUACGCUCGAGGGCAUGAUCCAGAGCUACGUGGAGCGCGACAGCCUGUCGCCUUCAAUUGUGCGGUCGACUUCCACCACCUUGUCGUGGCAAUCAAGUUCUCCUGGCUCGCCUACCACGGCGCGGCCGCCUCAUCUCACGCACUCCCUAGUGGAGGAAGCAGAGGGCGACGACGAUUUCUAUACUGCUCCUCCGCCCCAUUCCCCGUGCUCGGAAGCAUCCUCGUCUAGCUCUUUCUCCUUCCCAUCCAAUCCGCCGCCUUUCUCUUCGCUCGUUUUCGAUUCCCCCUCGGUUCCCGAUCUCAACCGCUCCACGGUUGCUGUUACCCAACCCGAGUCGGCUUUAUCACCGUCGAAUACUUCUUUUUAUCCUGCUUCUCCUCCCCCUCCCCUUUCUCCGCCACCUCCUCCUUCGCCGUUUGUCGAAGAAUCGUGCGAGUCGGAACCGUCCUCGUCUAUUGUCGCGGAUACCAAAGCGUCGUUCUCUCAGGAGCCGAAAGGAGAAGCGUCCGGAAAAUCUUCCGCGGACGACGAGCCACCUCCGCCUUAUACAGAAGGAUACAGUCCCCUUGAAUCGUUUACCUACGUGAUGGCUGCGGCCGGAGGCGCGUCGAGUAUUAUUACUCAAGUCCAGCAGGCUGGAGGACCGCCAAUUAAUACUCUCGGAGAUAUUGGUGCAAAUGAGAAUAUCACGCUUGAGCUCAGGGGAACGAGAUUCACCCUCUCUCGUGAUGAACUGUUGACUUUGCCGGAAUUUGUUCUUCUGUCGCUCUUUCCAAAUGGUCUUCUCCCCGAUGGACAUAUGGGCACGUUCCACGAAGGCGACAUCUACCCAGUCGACUAUGACCCAGCUUCACUACAAUACAUGUUGGACUUUUUCCGUUCUGUCGCCCAAUCAAUUCCGUCCUCCUCACCUUCUGAAUCCACGUCGCCAGAUGCGGAUGUUUCGUCCGACUCUAUGCUAGGAUCUGCCAGAGAUGCGCUCCAGGACCGUGCUGGAAUCAUUGUGCUGCGCGAAGACCUCGACUUUUACGUGAUUCCUCCACGGGCCGACAUCGACCACACGGAAAUGAUUGAAGUUAAGCGAGCUGCUGCACAAACUCUUCUCAAACAAGACGGGAUUUUUUCCGGUCUGAAGAAGAGUGAUGAGGUUGGUUCCACGGAACAACACUUGAUUGAGAUGUUGACCGCAGGUGGAUUCAAUCGUGAUGACCAUUGGGGACACCGUGCACCAGAGCCUCACAAGGCUGUCAUAUGCAGUCUUGCACUGGCUAAGCUCCGGACCGACAUCAGAGGCGACCUAUCUAACAACAGUGCGAUUGGAAUGGCGCAAAAGCUCCUUCUUUUUUGGAGAAAACCAGCCCGUAGAUGCUGGUGGGAGGGCAUCGAGCUCGACGAAGUGGAAGGUGUUGAGGGGAAGGUCAAGGUUUGGAUCCGUAGAGUGUGGACUCUUGAAAUGAGUGUGAUUGGACUUCGGUAG